CGCGUUCAACGGCCACAUUUCAAACUAGAAUGGCGACCGCUGUUUGCGGUCCUCAGUCCACCGGCAGCUCCACCACGAAACCAGCUAAAACACACCGGGAACACCGGAGGAAAGCCAAGGACUCGAGGCGGAGACAAGCGGCUUUGUUGUUUCUCAAUAAUAUCUCGCUCGACGGACGGCCACAGUGUCAGUUUACCGAUGGAAACACCGAGGAAAAAGCCGCCGAGGAGCAGCAGCGGCUCCGGGACGCAGACGGAGGAGUCGCCGGAGGAGCAACGGUCGAGCUCCCGCCGGCAGGCAACCAAGAACCCUUCACCCAGGUGACAGAGCCGGCCGCCGCCAGCAGCAGCUCGUCCUCCAGUGCUCCAGCGGUACUCAGUCCGACUCCUACAAGACCUUCUUUGGUCAUGUCCCCGGGAGUCGCCGGGGCCACCGCUGUGGGGGCCAACGAGGUGUUUCUGGAGGGUGUCAGCGCGGUGGAGACGUUAACCCCGGACACCCCUCUGUCUCCUGGGCCCGGAACACACCAGUCCUGCUCCCGGGUCAGGUCCACGCCCGCCGCUCUGAGCCCGGGUCCGGCCGGGAACUCUCUGGAUUCACGGCAGAGGUUGAGGAAUGUCUCUGGUUCUCCUGGACCCAGGGCGCCAAAGAAAGUCCACUUCAUCAAGAGUAUGAGGCAGUAUGAUACCAGGGGAUGUAGGAUCGUGGUGAUUUGUGCCAAGCGGUCGCUAUGUGCUGCUUUCUCAGUGCUGCCCUAUGGACAGAGUGCUCACCUCAGUGAUCUGAAGCAGGAGACUCAGAGACAGAGACUGUCGUCUGUGGUGGCGGUUGACCUGCUUCCUUCCCUGGAAGGUGUGGAGCUUGGAGACUGUUCCAAGACGGUGUCAUACGCUCAGUUCCUUUACCCGACUAAUGCCUUGGUGAGACAGAAGAGCGGCGGUGCACCAGAGAACUGCACGGCUCAGACCCCUCAGUCCCGUUUCCGUGGCAACGGGCAGAGGAACUUCACCCCAGCUCGUCUGAACAGCACCGUAGCACAAGACCCAGGUGUAGAGGAGGUGGUAGAGUACGAUCCUUACCUGCUCAGUGACCCCCAGUGGCCCUGCGGGAGACACAAGAGGGUUCUGAUAUUUGCAUCAUACGUGACGACUAUUGUUGAGUAUGUGAAACCAUCUGACCUGAAGAAGGACAUGAAUGAGACUUUCAGGGAGAAGUUUCCUCACAUCAAGCUGACUCUGAGCAAGAUAAGAAGCCUGAAGAGGGAGAUGCGGGCCAUGAGCGACGACUGCGGUCUACAGCCGGUCACCAUAGCGAUGGCUUUUGUUUACUUUGAGAAGCUGGUGCUGCAGGGCUGCCUCAACAAGCAGAACAGGAAGCUGGUGGCGGCAGCGUGCGUGCUGCUGGCUGCAAAGAUCAGCAGCGAUUUGCGGAAGCCAGAAGUUAAACAGCUCAUUGAUAAGCUGGAGGAGCGUUUCCGUAUCAACAGACGGGAGUUGGUUCCUCUGGAGUUCCCAGUGCUGGUUGCCUUGGAAAUGGGACUGUACCUACCAGAGAGCAAGGUCAUGCCACACUACCGCAGACUUGUGCAGCAAGGUUAGUCUGGAUACGGUGAUGUCUGACAAUCCGCUGGUUUCAUUAACAACAUCAGCAAGUGUGUGUGUGGUGAAGUAAUUAGGACUGUGUGUGUGUGUGUGUGUGUGUGUGUGUGUGUGUGUGUUGGAUUGACCAGUUUAUAAGCUGUGGUGUUUGACACAAAUAAUUCUGGUACUAUGUAUUUUCUGUCGGUCGUGACUUAAGUCGCUUACUGUAUAUGAAGGAUAACUAGUUUACACUCCCAUAUUUUAGACUUGAUGGCAUGUGUGUCUCCCUGAAUGUCUUUUUGUACAUGUGAUGUUGCUGAUGCAGUCAUGAACUCUAUGUUAGAGAUGUUCAAUGAGCACGUUAAUUGUGCUUUUAUUUCCAGUGACCCGUUUCUUUUGGUACGUCCUAGUAUUCUUAACCCCCUAUUUAAAUGAAACUUAUGGCGGGUACACAUAGGCCGCGAAAGCGCCGUGAAGCACUGCGAUUUUCAGAGCAGCGCUGCCUGCGUCCUUUGGGCACCCAUGUAGAUCAAUUGGACUGUUCACAGGACGCGCUGUGCCACGGAGCUCUGCUGCCGGCUCGCGAUCUUCAACGAUAGUUUCGGCGUCUCGUCUGUUUUCUCCGCGUCCCACGAGAACACACUGAUAAUCUAAUAUAAAUGAUAUAUUAUAUGUGAUAUAAAUGAUCUGAUUCUGAUAAGCAUGGAGUCAGAUCAGUCUCAAUAUUAAUGAAUGCACUCAAAGAUUCACAAAUGGAUUUUGUGAUUU